AUGUUGAAACUUGUUAGGAACCGUACAGUUCAAAUAAGUAGUAAAUUUGUUCCAAUUAUUACUCAUCAACGGAUCUUUAUAAGAACUUUGAUCAAUGAACCAAAAUAUGAUGAUGCAGAGAUUCUGGCGAAAGGAAUUAAUAAUAAAGAAUUUAAGAGUAAAAGAGUUAAUUUGCCAUUUUUAAGUAAUGAAGAUGCACCUGAUAGUGCUAAAGAACUUACUUUACAAAGGAUGAAGAAAUUACAAAAUGGUAGUUUAAUUUUUGUUACUUUAUUAGGGUUAACAAUGACAGGUUCAUAUUAUAUUUAUGAUAAGAAACAAAGAGAAAAUAAAUUAUUAGAAGAAAUUGAAUGGGCUUCCAUCAGUGAUGGUACGAUGAAAAAGAAGAGUAAAAAGAAGAAGAAAAAUGGUAAAUUAUCUAAAGUUAAACCCUUUAUACCAUUAGAUCAAUUAGAUUCAAGUGAACCUGGUUUAUAUAUUUGGGGUGAAUGUACAAAUGAUACUGAAUGGGCAUCUAUCCCAAAGAGAGUUACACAAUUUGAUGGAAUGACUCUUAGAGAUGUUUGUUUAAUUAAUAGAAAGAUGAAUCUAGUCAUUGAUAACGAAGGUAAUUUAUUGAAAUGGGAUCAAGAUAACAAUGAAAUAAUAAAUAUUUUAAUGGGUCAAAAAUUAACUAAGAUUAAAGAAUCUAAUGAUAUAAUAUAUGGAUUAAAUGAUAAAGGUGAAAUAUUAAUGAUACCAUUAGAAAACAUGGAUUCGUUAUCUCAAUAUUUUGAGAGUCAUAAAAGGGUAGGAUUUUUACCAAAAUUAAGUAAAAUAAAUGAAUAUAAGACGUACGGUUUAAAGAUUGAUACGAGUAAAAAAUUUGAUAAAAGGAUAGGGGAGAAAAGAAUUAUUGAUUUUGAUACUGGAUCUAAUCAUUUAGUCUUAUUAUCUAAUGCGUCUAAAGCAUAUUCAUGUUCGACAGGUCUCACUAACGAUGAAUCUAAACCCAUAGAAGAAAAAUCUAGAGGUCAAUUUGGUAUACCAACUCUUUCUCAAUAUUCUAAAUAUCCUAAUUUAAAUGAACUUUAUGAAAUUGAAUUGUUAAAUAAAUCAUUUUCCACUCAGAAUCAAGAUAUAAAUUUUAGAAAGAUUGUUAAAAUUGCAUGUGGUGAUUAUCAUACUGUUGCAAUAGAUUCUGAAGGUCAUUUUUUCACAUUUGGUUGGAAUAGAUUUGGUCAAUUAGGAUUCAAUAUUUCUUAUGAGAAUGAAAUAAUACCAUAUCCAAAACAAUUAUCAAUGACUGGAUUUAUUCCAUUUUUUAAUGAUAAUCCAUCAAGAAGUGAAAGAAAAGAUCAAAACGAUAGCGAAACCACAACACGUAUUUUGCCAUCAAUGGGUUUAAAAUUUGAUUUAAAAUGUGUUGAUAUUUGUUGUGCUAAAGAAACUACAUAUAUGAGUAUAGCAAAUUCAAUUGGUGAACAAAAACAUUUUUCAAUGGGUAAUGGAUCAAAUGGUGAAUUAGGUGAUGGAUCCUAUAGAAAUUCACAAUUUCAACCACAAAGGAUUAAAAUUGAUGGAUUAAUUGAAAAAUGGAUUGGUAAUAAAAAUUCUAAUCAUAUUAUAUGUGAAAUGAAUAAUGGUAAUAUUGAAAGUUGGGGAUUAAAUAAUGUUGGACAAAUUGGUAAUUGGCAAAAAAAUAAAUUUAAAUUUAAUAAACCUGAAAGGUUACCAUUAUUGAUUGAACCAGGAAAACAAUAUCAAGAAGAUGAAGAUUUAAAUAAAUUACCAACACUUCAGAUCGAUACAACAAGACAAAGUAUAAGUAUUGGUAAAAAUUCCAGUUGUAUGUACUGGAAAAGUAAAUAG